CGUAUAUAAGGGAAGGAGCAGCCUUUGCCUUUCAUCCCUCCGUUCCCUUCCCUCGCUGGGCGGCAGGAGUCCCCCUGCACCUCCGCAAAUCCCGGCGAUGCCGCUCAAGAAACCCGACCCCAAGAAGGAAUCGGCCAAAGCAGGCUCGGAGCGGGAGCCUGCCUUCGAUCCCAAGAGCGUGAAGAUUGAAUUCACAGCAGAGCAGAUCGAAGAGUUCAGAGAAGCCUUCGGGCUGUUUGACCGGACGCCCGCGGGGACGAUGCAGAUCAGCUACGGGCAGUGCGGGGACGUGCUCCGGGCGCUCGGCCACAACCCCACCAACGCAGAGGUCCUGAAGGUGCUGGGCAAGCCCAAACCAGAAGAAAUGAACACAAAGAUGCUGGACUUCGAGACCUUCCUGCCCAUCCUGCAGCACUUCACCCGCAACAGGGAGCAGGGCACCUUCGAGGACUUCGUGGAAGGGCUGCGCGUCUUCGACAAGGAGGGCAACGGGAUGGUGAUGGGGGCCGAGCUGCGCCACGUGCUGGUCACGCUGGGGGAGAAGAUGACGGAAAGCGAGGUGGAGCAGCUCAUGGCAGGGCAGGAAGAUGCCAAUGGCUGUAUCAACUAUGAAGCUUUUGUCAAGCACAUCAUGUCUGGCUGAAAGGAAAAACUUCAGGCUCUUGGAAAUGUUUGAACCCACCUGAGCACCAGGAAGAGGGAGAUUCCUCCAUCCCUGUCCUUUCCAUGGGAUGUUUCCACGUGAGCCACCCCUCCUUGGUCUCCGUGUGUGUGCCUAAGCCUGGUAUUAAAUAAGACACUGGCAACUUGGUUUGAAACCUUAAGUUAUUCUUUUUGGGUUUUCCCUGCGACGUUUGGCUCAUUAAACGAAUUCCUUCCUCCCUGA